AUGGACACAGACAAAAGCGGUGAAGUAACAAAAAUCACUAUUCAAGAACCAAAGACUGACACUAAAGGAAAAGGCACUUCUGGUGCUUCUGCUCCCGUCAUAGUGGCAACAAAAGCUGCCCAACACCCACGAAAAGGAUGGAAAAAAGGUGUGGCCAUUUUCGACUUGGUUCUGAGACUGUCUGCCAUUGCAGCUGGUUUUGCUGCCACUAGCCUUAUGGGGACUACAGAUCAGACUCUUCCCUUUUUCACUCAGUUCUUUCAGUUCCACGCUGAGUUUAAUGAUGUUCCAACGUUCCUGUUUUUCAUGAUUGCUAAUGCAAUAGCCAGUGGAUACCUUGUUCUCUCCUUGCCCUUCUCUAUAGUCUGCAUCGUUCGGCCUCAUGCAGCAGGACCAAGGCUCCUCCUUAUCAUCCUUGAUUCUGUGGUGAUGGGGCUAACAAUAUCAGCUGCUUCUGCUACUGCUGCCAUUGUGUACUUAGCUCACAACGGAAAUUCAAGCACGAACUGGAAUCCUUUUUGUCAACAGUUUAAUGAUUUCUGUCAGCAGGUUAGCAGUGCUGUGGUGGCUUCCUUCAUAACAUCAACCUUGCUCCUGUCUCUGGUUGUGUUGUCUGCUUUUGCUCUUCGAAAAAUGAAGUGA